UAAACCAUUACCUUCUCCCAAAGUAACCUCCUUUCUCCAUCCAUUCACUGUCCGCCAUACUGAAUAAAAUUAGCCAUGCCGUACAAAUCCCGCUGGCGGAUCGACGUCCCCGACACCCACCUCGCAUCGAUCCUACUGACCUCACCCACCGCACCACUAUCCAAGACCGACAGAUGUUUUCUGGACGCCGAACACCCAGACACGCAUUAUUUCACGACCCAUGACUUCCGGCUCUGGAGUCAGCGGUUCGCAGCCGGACUACAAAAGUCGGGUUUGCGUCCGGGCGACCGCGUGCUCAUGUUCUCGGGAAAUGACUUGUUCUUCCCGGUGGUGUUCAUGGGGAUCAUCAUGGCGGGAGGUAUUUUCACUGGCGCGAACCCGAUGUACGUCCCGCGUGAGCUGGCCUAUCAGCUAAAGGAUAGCGGUGCCACGUAUUUGAUCUGUGCGCGUGCCAGCCUCGACACGGGUCUCGAGGCAGCCAGGCUAGUUGGCUUGAGCCGAGACAAGGUAUUUGUUUUCGACAACACCCUAUACGAUGGCCAGGGUGUCGGCGAAAAGGGCUGUCGAUACUGGGGCGAGCUGGUGGCAUCCCCGGAAGAAGGCGAGGGGUUUGCAUGGGACGAUCUGUCCACACCCGAGCUGGCUGAUCGUACCCUCGCGCUCAACUACUCCAGUGGUACCACGGGCCGACCCAAAGGCGUCGAGAUUACCCACAAGAACUACGUCGCCAAUAUGUUGCAGUUCACGUACAUUGAGCGUCUUCAUCCGAACUAUGAGGCGAAGCGGGGUCGCAAACGCUGUCUAUGCUUCUUGCCGUUGUACCAUGCCAUGGCGCAGAUGAUUAUGAUUGCGGCCACUUUAGCCCUGAACACACCCGUGUAUAUCAUGCCGAAAUUUGACUUCAUCCGGAUGCUCGAAUACACGCAGAAAUACCACAUUACGGACUAUGUUGUCGUCCCGCCUAUUGUGGUUGCCUUGGCCAAACACCCGGCAGUCAGGCAGUAUGAUCUGAGUAGCGUGGAGGAUAUAGGGUGUGGCGCUGCGCCAUUAAGCAGGGACGUUUGUGAGCAGGUGCAGGCGCUGUGGCCUCCAGGAAAGGUGAAUAUCAGGCAAGGUUAUGGGAUGACUGAAACCACCUGUUCGGUGAUGAAUUGGGACCCCAGAGAGAAGGGGUUUUCGGCUGCGGUUGGGGAGCUGAACCCCAACUGUGAAGCUAAGAUCAUGGCGGAAGACGCCCUGACUGAGCUUCUAGAGCGCAAGCAACGCGGGGAGUUGUGGGUACGCGGACAGAAUGUCAUGAAGGGGUACUGGCAAAAUCCGGAGGCGACCAAAGCAACCAAAACGGGAGAUGGGUGGCUCAAGACAGGCGACGUUGCUUUUGUGGAUGACCAUGGCAAGUUCCACAUUGUAGACCGACUGAAGGAGUUGAUCAAGGUCAAGGGCAAUCAGGUUGCCCCCGCUGAGCUCGAGGCCCUACUACUAGAACACCCAGCCGUCGUAGAUACCGCCGUGAUUGGAAUUUCCACCGACAACGACGAGCGGCCUCGGGCCUACGUUGUGCUCAAGCCCGGGCAGGCUGCUUCGGCCAAGGACAUUACGCAAUUCAUCGAUGGGAAGGUGUCGCCGAUCAAGCGGAUCACGGGUGGGGUAAUUUUCAUCGAUACCAUACCCAGGAACCCGUCGGGGAAGAUUCUGCGCAAGAUGCUCCGUGACCAGGCUCAGAAAGAGCUGAAGGAAGGCGUUACGGCGAAGCUAUAGACAGACCUCCCAACGCAUGUUAUUUUCAG